AUGGUGGUCCGGGUGCGUGUGAGGAGCCUGUUCUGGGCUGUGUCUUGGAUCCCCGUGGCGCUCGCUGCAACGGACGUCGUUCACGUCUCGAGGAUCGAGGGCAGCUCGAUGCGGCCGACGCUGAACAGCUCCGAUGGCGACACGGAUUGGGUCCUGUUGAAGAUGCUGUGGCCCAGGGCGCGUGCGGUGGGCGAUAUCGUUCUGUUGAAGUCGCCGUUCGACCCGGCGAAAGUUAUGUGCAAGCGAGUGAAGGCUCUAGCGUCCGAUACUGUGCGGGUUCCUGACGGCGAGCCAAUCACGGUCCCGAGAGGGCACCUAUGGGUCGAGGGCGACAACGUGCACUCAAUUGACAGCAGGAAGUUUGGUCCGGUGUCCGAUGGCCUGCUGCUCGGGAAAGUGUUGUGUGUCGUAUGGCCCCCAAGCAAGUGGGGGGUUGACUUGCACAGAUACAGUGGACGCAACGUAGUAGUAGAAGAAUGA